AGAAAGGGAGAAGGAGCGGGAAAGGCGAGAAAGGGAGAAGGAGAGGGAGCGCGAGAGGGAAAGAGAAAGGGAAAGGGAAAGGGAGAGAUCGAGGAGGAGUAGGAGUCGAUCAAGGCUGGAGCGUGAAAAAGAGAUGGAGUUGAUGCGGGAAAGGGAGCGAGAGCUUGAAUUGCGUGAGAGCAGAUGGAUUAUUUGCACAUCUUAAUGGGCUAACAAUGCGGAAACCCUUGAAGGCUUCUUCAUUGAAGAAAAUGGCUUUUCCACAUAUUGAGUUUGAUAAGGUCGGCAAUGCCUGUGGUGAAGCUGUAUCAGUUUUCAACCUUUUCUUCACUUCGCAGAUGAAAAUGCUUUAGCUCCAUAUUUGUGGCCUCCCUUUGCUCUGAACAGGGAUUAUAAAUAGUAAAUUUCACUAUUUGGAACUGGCCCAAAUAUAACAAAUUAUGAAUAUAUGCUAUGUAUAGUGUUGAAUCUCAUAACACAUGAUAAUAGAUGAUGCUUCGUGAAUUUAAGGAAAAAACUUGUAGACUUCCCUUCUUUUUUCCUUUUUCUCUUUAGAUGCGAUGGACAUAAGAUUAUUUUCUCAAAAUCGUUUCCUGGCUGCAAAAUUGAGCAAGACUCUGGACAUGUUUUACAAACAUUUAUUUUCAAUGUAUCAAUGAUCUAAUUAUCAACAUUUCUUCUUCACUGUUCUUAUAAUUAUCCUUUUGCCAGUGUACGAGUGUCUCAAGCUGGGCUUGGCAAAAUGAUUAGAUUAUUGUCUCCUUUAUGCCUCCUGAUAUAACCUAGUUAUGACGUGGAAAAAUUAUCUACUAGGUUGGUUUCCUUGUCACUUUGUGUAAAAACUAAUUUUCUGGUCUAGGUUUUAGCCUUGUAAAAGUGGAAUUCAUGCAAAGGAUGGCUGCCAACUUUGAGUUUGUGAGGGUGAAAAUACAUACCUUGGGGGCGAAUAUGAACAAGGGUUUGGGAUUAUGUGCACUUCCAGAAGGCGAACAAAGGCUUCAUGUACGUUAAUAUUGAUAUGUUCGUACUAUUGGAUAUAUACUCAUUUUCUUAGAGUCAAUAAUGCAGAAGAUUCAAGGAAAAGAAAGAAGCGGUAGAGCCCGAAGCUGAUCCAGAAAGGGAUCAGAGAACUAUUUUCGCAUAUCAGAUGCCACUUAAGGCCACUGAGAGGGAUGUUUAUGAGUUCUUUUCACAAGCAGGAAAGGUAAGGGAUGUUCGGCUGAUUAUGGACCGGAACUCAAGGAGAUCAAAAGGGGUUGGGUAUAUCGAAUUUUAUGAUGCCUUGUCUGUGCCAAUGGCUAUAGCCCUUUCUGGUCACCUACUUCUUGGACAACCAGUAAUGGUUAAACCUUCGGAGGCUGAAAAAAAUCUUGUCCAAUCGAAUACUUCUACCGGUGGUUCAGGUGUUGUGGGACCAUAUGGUGCAACUGAUAGGAAGUUGUAUGUUGGCAAUUUACACUUCAACAUGACAGAAUUUCAGCUUAAACAGAUUUUUGAAGCAUUUGGGCCUGUUGAGCUUGUGCAACUACCCACGGAUCCAGAGACAGGACAUUGCAAAGGUUUCGGGUUUGUUCAGUUUGCACAACUUGAACAUGCAAAGGCAGCACAAAGCUUGAAUGGGAAACUAGAAAUUGCUGGUCGGACAAUCAAGGUUUCCUCUGUUACGGAUCAUGUUGGAGUUCAAGAUGCAGGUGCAAAAACUGCAGAUUUUGAUGAUGACGAUGGGGGUGGUUUGGCUUUGAAUGCUCAGUCAAGAGCUUUGCUUAUGCAGAAGCUGGAUCGCAGUGGUAUUGCUUCGAGUGUUGUGGGGCCCCUUGGAGGAGUGCCUGGGCGCAAUGGGUCCGCUACAUCACAAGCAGCAAUAAGCUUGCCCCUGAAUCCAGCGACGGUGCUUCCUACUCCAGUUCUUCCAACCCCAGUUGUUUCUAUGGCCCCCGAACCUAUUGGGAACCCCAGCGAGUGUUUACUAUUGAAGAAUAUGUUUGAUCCAACCGCCGAGGAGGAUCCAGAGUUUGAUUUGGACAUUAGAGAUGAUGUGCACGACGAAUGUUCUAAGUAUGGGCGGGUGAAACAUAUAUUUGUGGACAAGAAUAGUGCUGGUUAUGUAUACUUGAGGUUUGAAAGUGUCGAAGCAGCAUCACGUGCUCAACAAGCAAUGCAUAAAAGAUGGUUUGCUCGUAGAUUGAUCUCAGCCAUAUUCUUGCAACCAUAUGAAUACGAUGCUAAAUUUAAAGCUGCUACUAGAACAAUCUACUGCUGAUCAGUCAUGAAACAUCAGAUGGUGCUACUAUGUGGUAUGGAUUUUUAUGUUUAAUUUAAUCUUUGACGCAGUGAUAGAAUCCAUGUACAAGUAACAUUGAAUUUAUAUUUCAGGUGUUUUGUAAGUGUUUUCUGGACCAUCUGGCUUAUGUAAUUUCGUGAAAUAUUUGGAUUACAGAGUUUUAAGUGGAUUAUUUUUACCUAAUUAAGUCAUGCUUAUGUUAUCAGACUUAUGAUAUUCUCGCGAAAAUGGAAUUA